CCGACGCCACUUUUUCCUGAAGUUAUGGCGGAGCACAACUUUUUGAACUUCUCUUGGUGAGCAUGUACAGGCUUCCGCUCCUAGCGCUUACUACUCUUUGAAUGCCGUCAGAAAAUAAUAUGUUUGACUGUUUAAACUUUGCUCCAGAGGGCACGUGGGGAAGAAAUUCACCGUUUGAACAAAUUAAAUUUGAACAGGCAGUGAAGAGAGCCAUGAAGUUAGACGUUAUAGUUCGCCUCUGAGGGCCUUCAGGGAAUUUCACUGUUUCAUGGAAGUACGAGGCCUGACUAAAAGCACACACCAUUGGUAGCGCUUGGUUUUACUCAUGGAGCACCUUCAGGGUUUGCGGAAGACUCUGAGCAACGGCUUUGGAAUGAAGGAUUCUGCGUUCGAGGUCCCCUGCCUCUCCCCCACCAUGGUCCAGGGCUUCCCCUGCCAGCGGCGCUCGUCAGACGACAGCAAGAUGCCCGACUCCAAGGCGAGCAGCACGAUCCGCGUCUACCUCCCAAACCAGCAGCGCACGGUGGUAAAUGUUCGACAAGGCAUGACACUGUACAGCUGUCUGAUUAAAGCGUUGAAGGUUCGAGGCCUGCAGCCUCAGUGCUGCGCUGUCUUCAAGCUGCAUCCCGGACAAAGGAGUAGAAAAUUACGGAUGGAUUGGAAUACUGACUCCACCUCACUUAUCGGGGAAGAGUUACUGGUGGAAGUUUUAGAUCACGUUCCUUUGACGACUCAUAAUUUUGUCCGGAAAACAUACCUGAAGCUAGCGUUCUGUGACAUUUGCCAGAAAUUUCUUUUGAACGGAUUCCGAUGCCAAACGUGUGGCUACAAAUUCCAUGAGCAUUGCAGUACCAAAGUCCCCACAAUGUGUGUGGACUGGAGCAACAUUAGACAACUCCUGUUGUUUCCGACACCUGGUGAGAGCGGUGCCCCGUCCCUGCCACCGGCCACAUCCAGACGUAUGAGAGAGUCCUUAACACGGUUUCCAAGCUCAGCCCACCGGUAUUCCACCCCUCAUGCCUUCAACUACGCCACGUCCUAUGCACCCACCGGCGGCCUCUCCCAAAGGCAGCGCUCCACUUCGACACCCAACGUCCACAUGGUUAGCACCACCCUGCCUGUAGACAGCAGCAUGAUCGAGCUAGACUGCCUGAAUACCUCCCCCAGCUCCUGGUGCCAUAGAUUCUGGCUGAAGAGGAAAGUAGGUAUUGUGCACUUCUCCCAGUCUUUUGCUGAGGCCUCGUCUCAGAGUCCAGAAAAGGAUGCAAUGCGCGAUCACGACUCUGCGGGGAGUUCCCCCAAUCAGAGCCCCACAGGCUGGUCCCAGUCUCAGUCCAAAGCCCCCGCACCUGCUCAGAGAGAGAGGGUGCCAUCCUUCAACACUCAGGAGAAAAAUAAAAUUAGACCUCGGGACAAGCGGGACUCGAGUUACUACUGGGAGAUCGAGGCCAGUGAGGUUUACCUGCAGUCCCGCAUUGGCUCAGGCUCCUUUGGAACAGUAUACAAAGGAAAGUGGCAUGGUGAUGUAGCAGUGAAGAUUUUAAAGGUAAUUGACCCCACACCAGAGCAGUUCCAGGCAUUCAGAAACGAAGUGGCAGUCCUGAGGAAAACACGACAUGUCAACAUUCUGUUGUUCAUGGGCUACAUGACGAGGGACGCCCUGGCCAUCGUUACCCAGUGGUGCGAGGGCAGCAGCCUGUACAAACACAUUCACGUCCUGGAGACAAAUUACAAGAUUAUCCAGCUCAUAGAUAUUGCCAGACAGACAGCUCAGGGCAUGGAUUAUCUGCAUGCAAAAAACAUCAUUCAUCGUGACAUGAAGUCCAACAACAUCUUCUUACACGAAGGGCUAACGGUGAAAAUUGGGGACUUCGGUCUCGCCACAGUGAAGGCCAGGUGGAGUGGCUCUCAUCAGGUGGAGCAGCCUUCUGGAUCCAUCCUUUGGAUGGCUCCUGAGGUUAUCCGAAUGGAGGACAACAAUCCCUACAGCUUCCAGUCGGAUGUCUAUUCCUAUGGAAUUGUUCUCUUUGAGCUCCUGACGGGAGAGCUCCCAUACUCCCAGAUAGCAAACAGAGAUCAGAUUAUUUUCAUGGUGGGCAGAGGCUAUUUGUCCCCAGAUCUCAGUAAGCUCUACAAAAACUGCCCCAAAGCCAUGAAAAGGUUGGUGGCUGACUGCAUCAAAAAGUCCAAGGACGAAAGGCCACUCUUCCCUCAGAUUCUGUCCUCCAUCGAGCUCCUCCAACACGCUCUCCCUAAGAUAAACCGCAGUGCCUCAGAACCGUCCCUGCACAGAGCUGCCCACACCGAGGACAUCAACGCCUGUACUCUGACCUCCACCAGACUGCCUAGGGGAGAGAGAAGGGCACAGCUUAUCUGCCUUAAGUGGAAACAAAGCCUGGACUAA